AUGGUGCUACUGCAAGUUAAACGCGGCGACGAAAAUCUGUUCAUUUUCGAGACUAGCGUCGAUGAGGAUACCACCAAUGUGAUACGGGAUAUCACUGAGAUUUAUAACGGACGCUUGAAAGUCUAUCGCGUUUGUUCGGAAAUUGAGGAACUCAUAGAACAUGGCACCAUGUUGCCAGCCGAAAUGGUUGGUCUGACCGAUGAACAAAUUCUUGAGUUGAAAUUGAAGGAUAUUUGGGCUGAGAAAUGCAUACCGGCUGGUGGUUUCGUUACGAAUAAAGACCCACUAGGUCGUCGUAAUGGACAGCAGCCGCAAGAAAAAAUGCGUGAGAUACUUAAGAAGGCAAUGGAGGACGCCAAGAGUUUCAUCGAUAAGAAAUUAGUGGCGGCGCGACAGUCGUUAAAUUUGAAAAACGUUUCCGAGGCUUUGAAUUUAUUACGCGGCGCCAUAACUAUUGUUUAUCCCAUGCAAUUGCCGCCGCACGAUAUCAUACGUAUGGAAUUCAACAAUACGGAGGAUUUGAGCGGCACACAAGCCUCACGCGAAGUCAUCGAACCAGUCAAGGCACAGUUGUGGUUCGCUGGCAAGCAAAUUCUGCCCGAUCAAAAACUAUAUAAAUACGUCGGCAAAAAUGAUAAGACCAAAGUUGUGGUUAAAAUAAAUAAACAAGGCGAAGGACCACCCGGUCGGGAAGCUGUGCUCACGGAGGAUAUGCGUAAACGUAUGAUGGCCGAAGCUUAUCGCAGACAGGAACAAUUGAAGUUUCGUAAUCACUCGUCCUUAAGCCAGUAG